UUCCCAGAAUGCACUGGGGGGGCGUGGUCUGCAGACAAUGUAGCUGCAUAAAUAGGGAGGACAACGGCAGCACGUCAACAUGAUCGAUCAGAGGAUAAAGAGCCGCAGGGUCAAUAGACUGUGACUUAGAGAAACACAGUUUGAUGCUGGUCACUGGCAGUGAGUCCGCUCCGUUCAGACGCUCCUCUCUGCGGACAUAAACAAACCGGGACACAGACACUGAGCACAGGCAGCAGACAUGCCUCUGAAUAGGUCCCAGCUGGCUGUGGGGUUCGCGGUGGCCGGUGUCCUGGCCGUGGUGUUUGGGAUAGUCCUCACUUUUGUGGGUCCGCUGGUAAUCGACGACCAGAUCGUGAAGAACACAGUGAUCGACCCAAAGAAUGAUCUGUCCUACACCAUGUGGAAGGACAUCCCUGUGCCGUUCUUCAUGUCGGUCUACUUCUUCAACAUCCUCAACCCCAAGGAGAUGCUGAAAGGAGAAAAGCCCAUGGUGGAGCAGCGAGGACCUUAUGUGUACAGAAAACGCUGUCAGAAAGACAACAUCACAUUUCAUCCAAAUGGCACAGUGUCGUAUAAGGAAUACAGAACAUACUUCUUCGAGCCUUCCAUGUCUGUAGGGAACGAGUCCGACAUCGUAACGAUACCAAAUAUGUUGGUGCUGGGUGCAGCGGUGAUGAUGGAAAAUCUACCGUACGCAGUUCGUUUAAUGAUCAGCGCCACCUUCAAGACUUUCAAGGAAGGACCCUUUAUGACCAAGACCGUCGGGGAGCUGAUGUGGGGCUAUGACAGUGGACUGGUCGAUUUCCUUAAUAAAUAUCUACCCGGCAUGCUGCCCUCAACUGGAAAGUUUGGCCUUUUUGCCGAAUUCAACAACUCCAACACUGGUCUGUUCACCAUCUUCACCGGACAGGACGACAUCAGGAAUGUUCAUAAAGUUGAUUCCUGGAAUGGCCUGACAGAGCUGAACUACUGGCAGACCCCGCAGUCUAACAUGAUCAAUGGAACAGCUGGGCAGAUGUGGCCUCCCUUCAUGACAAAAGAAAGCACUUUGCCAUUCUACAGCCCUGACGCCUGCAGGUCUAUGGAGCUUGUUUACCAGCGUCCUGGUGUGAUGAAGGGAAUCCCUCUUUAUCGGUAUGUUGCACCCAAGACCCUGUUUGCCAAUGGGACAGACUACGCCCCCAACGAAGGUUUCUGCCCCUGUAGACAGUCCGGCCUGCUGAACGUCAGCAGCUGUCGCCACAAAUCUCCGGUCUUCAUCUCUCAUCCUCACUUCUUUAAUGCUGAUCCUGUGCUCCUGGACUAUGUGGACGGCCUCCAUCCCAAUGAGGAGGAGCAUGGCCUCUUCAUCGACAUUCACCCACAAACCGGUGUCCCUCUCAAUGUGUCCAUCCGCCUGCAGCUCAACCUCUACAUGAAGAAAGUGUCAGGAAUUACAGAAACUGGCAAGAUUUCUGAGGUGGUGAUGCCCAUGAUCUGGUUUGAGGAGAGUGGAUAUAUAGACGGGCCUAUCCUCAACACGUUCCACACAAACCUGGUCAUUCUUCCUGCUGUGAUGGAGUACAUGCAGUACGGCUUCAUAGCGCUCGGCCUGGCAACGAUAAUAAUCGCCGCUCUGGUGCAUCAUAAGAAGCGGAGGUCUGAUAGAAAUGCUACAAUGAUCUCCACAGUUUUGGAGAACCCCGGGGCCUCCGACAAAAAGCCAGUAAAAGGCUCACAUGGCCAUGAAACACUGGAGAAAUAUAACAUAAAUAACUAAGAGAAAUAAACGUGAAGGUGGCACCACACCAGAUGCAACAACAACCACUUCAGGCGAAGAGAAAGACCCUCUACUACAAGAUGAAAUGGACUGACAUACAGGCACACACACACACAUAAACAAGCGCACAAACACACACAGAUGAUGUUGUGGACUUGCUGAAGGCCAACAUCAUUCCAGAUGUUGAGUUGAAACGCUGCCACAAGGUGCUCUACUCAGUAUAUUCUAAUGAGACGUGCACAAGUGAACUUGUGCCGUGUUUUUCCUGCACUGUAAAGUUGAUGAAACUCUCAGCCAAAGACCCCUGUUCUGUUUUUCUAUGCAUUUGUGUUGAGGCUGUUGGGGUUGAGACUGUCCGUCUGUUCAGGCAGAGUGAGUUGAGACACUUCUGUCUCUGAACAAAACACUUUUUUCUACAAAGUACUAACCAAACAAACUCUUUAUUUCCAGUGAAAUGUGACAGAUGUGAACAUGCUCAGGCUCUGCUUGGGGUCCGAUGAUCAUCAGUGUUGAUCUGAAAAUGUCAUCAUCAUCACUUCAUCAGGAGCAAUAGUAGACAGUUACUGUGGUGGCUGUUAUUUGACCUCUUUAUUUUAAAGAAAUGGUUCUGUAGUAACAACCAGGGAACUAAUGACCAGCAAGUGUGUAUCACACACUCUAACAAUCAGUGAGUUAAGCAGAGCACUUUUUGUAUCCUACUGUCUUCUGUAAAGAUGUGAAUGUUUCUUCUUGAAACUGAUGUGAAUGACUCCAUCAUAAAUAAAUCAGGUAAUAAAUGUG